UAUGAAAUUACAAUCAAGGUCUGGUUUCCAAAUAAGUUUAUUUCAAAAAAUCUAAUCGUAGGUAGUGAUAGCCUGAGAUAACAAAAAGUUGAAAAAAAAAAUAAUUGAAAAUUUAAAACUGAAUUUCAAAACAGAAACUUAACACAAGUUUUCUCAUUUUUUAAUUGAGUAGUUAGUAUUUUUUCCGAAACAUUGAAAUGUCAAUUGAUCAUCAAACUAGAUUACUUUACCCGUUGAAUCAAUUUUACCAGGAGAAAGUUAUGACCAGAAACGCCAAAAUCCGGAAAGCGAUUUCAGAUGUUAUGAAAACUGUAACAUCCAUAUUGAAAGAAGUCGAAAUCCAAGAGCCUCGCUAUAUUUCUUCUCUGGUUCAAAACGAAAACGGAAUUUACGAAGGUCUUCGUGUUGUUUCAUCAACUGAAUUUGAAAUUACUUUAUUUCUUAACCAAAUGGGAGUUUUCAAUUUUGUCGACGACGGUUCGAUUCCCGGCUGCGCCGUUCUCAAGUUGAGUGACGGUCGGAAAAGGUCAAUGUCUCUUUGGGUCGAAUUUAUAACCGCUUCUGGUUAUCUUUCAUCCAGAAAAAUGAGGUCAAAGUUCCAAACUUUACUUCUACGAGCUGUUGAGAAAAAUCAGCAACAACAUCAACAACAAAAAACAACAGUAGUUAAAGCUCUUCAAGACUCGAACAGCGGCGAAGUUAAAUUGCAAGUUUUUGAUAAAUUUAGUGUAAUUUUAAUUCCAGCUUUCAAGUGUUCAGGAAUUUGGCCGCGGAGCGCGGCUCAAUGGCCGUUGCCGCAAAUUCACUGGCCUCAUUCCGAAGUAGUCGCCGCUGUGAAAAAUGAAGGUUUCUCAAUGUUGUCACGCGAAAAUCCUCAUUUUGUGCUGGGGAAACAGUCGCCGACUUCAGAAAACGACGCUUGGCUGCUUUGUUUCAAUGACGCUGAGAAUAUUUUACUUUCUGGAGGCUGUAGGAAAACCUGCUUGAGUAUUCUGAAGACUCUACGGGAUCGAAAUUUGGAUCUAAGAGAUGAGCCUAUCAAGAACUACCACCUGAAGACGCUGGUGAUGUUCGAGUGUGAGAAACACCCGCGGGAGAUGGACUGGGACAUCGCCUGUCUCGGAGACAGAAUCAUAGGCGUGCUGUUGCAACUGCUGUCAUGUCUGCAAUGCAGGAAAUGUCCCCACUUCUUCCUCCCCUCUGUGGACCUGUUCGCCCCCCACUCCCCCCUCACCCUGGACUCAGCAGCCAAAGCAGUCUGGGCACUCACCCGCCAGAUCAUCACCAAUCCAAACUCACUGGCCGAGUUGUGAUUGCUCCAGAUAUAUAUAAUGCGAUACAAACUUGUUGCAACCAAUUUAGUUCAAAAAGUAUACAAAAUAUAUGUUAUUUUUGGUAUCAUUAUUUGAUGUAAACUCAUUAUAAGAUAGUUGUUUCUUACA